GUAACAAGUUUGGUUAUAAAUGUGGAAUGGAUGCUAAGAAAAGAAACAAACGUUUACAGAAAAAGAGCAACAAAACAGAAUCUGAUUCAGAAUGUAAAACCAGCCAUUCGCAGAACUAUGAUUCUGAAUUGUCGUUAGCUUUGGGUGUACUGACCACAGGAUUAUAUGUUGCUACCUUAUACCCAUCAGUGCCAGGUGGAGAUUCAGGGGAGCUUAUUGCAGCUGCAUAUGAACUUGGAGUGGCCCAUCCUCCUGGAUACCCAUUAUUUACUCUACUUGCCAACUGUGUAAUAAGACUGGUACCUUUUGGGAGCAUAGCAUGGAGAGUAAAUUUACUAACAGCUGUAUGUGGUGGAAUGGCUGCAGCAUUUUUAUCCAAAUUAGUUAUCAGGUUAACAGGCAGACUGUCUUGUGGUGCAUUUGCGGUAGGACUUUGGUGUUGGUGCAAAUUGACAUGGACCUGGUCAAUAACAUCAGAGGUCUUCUCACUAAAUAAUCUGUUCAUCACAAUUAUCAUGAAGCUGUCUGUCGAUUUUAACUAUUCUGCUGGUGAAAUGAAGCAAAAAAUUUCUUUAUUUGGAUCAUUCAUGUGUGGUUUAUCACUGUGCAAUCAACAUACAAUUGUUGUUUAUAAUAUGAUACUUAUUUUAUGGGUGCUGUUAGAAUUAAAACAGAAUCAGCUGCUGUCGGUCACAUUUUUAAUAAAACUAGGAUUAACCUUUGCACUUGGACUUCUACCAUACAUUUACCUACCUCUGUCUGCAUACUUCAACCAAGCCAGAUGGACAUGGGGAGAUCAAAGGACAAUUUCUGGAUUUCUGAAGCAUCUUCUACGCAAAGAAUAUGGAACUUUUGAUUUGGGUAAAGACGGGGUUCAACAAGGAUUGUUUCAGUCUUUACAAUUGUUCAUGUCUCAUCUGGUCAGUGAAAUGACUGUUAUAGUAUUAAUAUUAUUCUGUUUUGGAAUAGCACAGGCUAUUUAUAGAUUUGUAUAUAAGAAAGAUCGGCUUUAUUUUAUAUUUGCAUUGAUGAUGUUAGUGUAUACAGUAUUUUUCUCAUGGAGAGCCAAUCUAGAUGUAAACAAUCCUCUAAUGUAUGGUGUGGUGGAAAGGUUUUGGAUGCAGAGUGAUAUUGUUGUCAUUGUGAUUUCUGCUCUUGGUUUUAAUUUCAUUGUCAGGUUUUUUGAAGAUCAGUUUCCAGUUCUCAGAAAAUUGCUCAUUGAUAAACUUAUAGUGGUAGCAUUGAUUGCUUUUCAACUGAAUAGAAAUUAUUCAUCCUGUAACCAGAGUCAAAACACAGCUGUGUAUGAGUUUGGAAUGGAUGUUCUCAAUACAAUACCAAAUGGAUCAUUAGUUUUGUCUAAAGGAGAUCUACCUUCAAAUACACUCAGAUAUUUAUACUUGUGUGAAAAUGUUAGACCAGAUUUAUUACUCUUUGAUCAAGAGGUAUUAACUUAUGAUUGGUCAGUUUCUAUGAUGAAGAAGGUAUACCCAGAUAUAGUAUUCCCGGGAGAUCAUUUAUACACACAUGAUGCAAUAAUGUCAGAUGGAAGGACUGCAUUUAGCUUCAAAAGAUUCUUGGAUGUUAACUCACAAAGUAGAUCCAUAUAUGGUUGUAUUGGUGUACAAGACCAUGAGAAUUCCUGGACGUCUAAUCAUGAUUUACUACCAUUUGGAGUAUGCUCACAGUUUAUUAAGAAAGGUUCCAGCAUUAAUCUAUCUCAGUAUACACAACAGACACAAAAUAUAGCAGAAAACUGGAGUCAUUCUUAUAAUGGCUUUGAAGACUCAUCAUGGGAAAGAGUAGCUACCAAUGAAAUGUGGCAUGCUAAAAUUAGCAGUGCUUUCCAACUAUAUCAGAUGUCUGAAGAUGCAAAAAUUGCCAAGAAAAAAUCAGAAUAUUUAAUAGCCUCUUAUCAGCUUUAUGAUUCAGCAAUCAAGAGAAAUGUUAACAUUCCAAGCUACUGGCACAAGAACUUUGCUUUGGUUUGUGAAAGAAUGAUGCAUAUAGAAAGUAAAUACAACAAGAAGGAUAUUUUGAAGAAAGUUAUUCUACACUUUGAACUGUUUCUGAAGAAAGAUCCUGGUGACGCAGACAAUAAUGCUAUCAGGAAAGCUCUUGUUUCAAUGAAAACACAAUUAAAUGGUUUUGAUGGUAAAAUUGUGUAAUGUAAUCAAAAGUGGAUUGAAACAGG